GAGCAGAGGAGAAGCAAACUGUGAAGGCCCGGCUCCUAUCUUCACAGAUGCUUCUAGUGGAUGCCCUCUAUCACCUGGGCCCUCUGCUAGACAGUGUUAUAUCUGUAGGGCUGUUCUCUAGAGAAAACUGUUAUGAAAUUGAAGCUGAGCGAACGCCGCCCAACAAAGUCCGAAAACUUCUAGAAAUUGUUGACGCACAGAUGGAUGAAAGUGGUGCCUCUAGUUUCAUGGAGUGUCUGAAGAAAUGCAAGAAACAUUACCCGCGUCUACAAACCUGGUUGACCUCAGAAGAAGAUCACUCCCAACCACCAGGCAUUAAGCAAGGUCCAACAGAACGUCAGCUACAGGCCCAGUUUAAUGUUCUGUGCUCACGCUUGGGCUGUUCUGUUCUGCCGGUCUCCUACGAUCUCUUCUCCAGCGGCAUUCUGACUCAGUUGGAACUGGAGAAAAUCCAAGCAAUACCCAUCCCAACCCAGCAAGCACAAACUCUGCUGUCCAUCUGCCUGAAGAAAGGAGAAAAAGUGUGCAUGAGCUUUUACACAGCGCUACAGAAUGAAGACGAGCAACUAGCUGAGGAACUUAAUGUAAACAGUUUGGUGGAAGACCUUGAUAAAGAACCAGAAGGCAGCAUUGUGCCGAUAGCAGUGGAGGAAACUAGAGAUCACUUGAGAGCAGCUUUACCUCUGUCAGGAGGCCUGCAGCAGGUCAUGACUCAGCUGGGCUUGACUGUGGGGGAUGAGAUUAGGUUUAAUGUCUGUGAGGUUGGUGUGGCGGUGGGUUUGCCACGUCGGACGGUCAGAGAGUACCUUCUGGAAGGGGUCGGCAUUGAAGACGCCGCCCAGCUGGAAGCCCUAGUGUCCCUGUAUAUAGAGAAGGCACAGGACGCCGACAGACUACUGAGCAGAGUGGCAGAACUCAGCCCUCGGUGUAAGGUUCUGGAGGAGCCGGAGGCGAAGCCUAGCGGAGGCAUACUAGGUAUGAUCGAGCAGCUGAGUGCCAGUGGCAGAGUGGAGGCCGCACUGCUGCAGGAAGUUGAGCAGUGCUGGAGCGACGGGGAUGCUGAGAGUUUGCUGCAGAGCGUGAGAGUCCUUGCUCAGGUGCUACGAGACCUGCAUCCCCUCCAGGAAGGCCUCCAGCUGUCCUCUUCAGUUGAGGGUUUGUUUUCUUGCAGGCCCAGCAGGCUACACCGGGUCACUUCCUUCCAGGGUGUCUCUGCGCGGGUCAUCCGUAAAGCUCUGAGCAGCAUGGUUCCAUCCUCUGCGGACCAGGACGCAACUCUUCUUGCUAGACAGUACUUGGAGGUGUGCGUUCGUAUCGCACGUCUCCUCGAUGUAGUGCAGCCCAAACGAACCACCGUUGACUUUUCAAAUGCGCCCAUUGCUACGGUCAUUCAGCAUGUGCGGUUUGUCUUGUCAAAUCCUUCUUUUAACUCUGAUGUUUUUGACGCGGGAGUUCACCAUCGCUUGCUUUCAGUGUUGGAGUUCAAUCCUGCGCAGCUGGGCUUGGGCUCUCUCAUGCAGCUCCACCAGGAGACCCUCUCCGAAUUACAGGGCUACUUACAACUCGGCGAGCACCACAACUUCCAAUUUAUUCUCGAAUCGGUACGAAUUCUCGGUCCCGCAAAGCUGUUUUCCGUCAGCAGGGUUCACGGGCCUGUCGCCAUCGACAAUGGGGUGGAGGAGGUCCUUUGUUUUAUCAUGUCAGAACCCACUUCAUUCCUGGUACGACUGUACUGCCUUUGCUACGAAGAAGGAAGGGGGCUCUUCAAGGUGUGCGCACCACGCUGCGCAUGUAUGUAUCUGCUCAAAGCAGAAGGGCUGCGUGACAUGCAGUGGUGCGGUUGCAACGUUCUGGCUGAGGUAGGAGGGAAAGUGUGGGUCAGAGAGGGAGAAAGUAACGGCUGGGAUGAGCUACAGGCGCUGGCUCAGAGACACUCUGCUCAGCUUAAGGAUGAAGGAUGCUGCUUUAAGGUCGAGACCUCUGGGUUGGAGUGUGAGGUCAAAUUUAUAUACAGGAGUGGAAGGCUAUGGGCUGUGCCACAUAGGGACUGUGAGGUAGUUUAAAAAUACGGGUAGCUGACAUGACGUUGCAGUGACAAACAGUGUCACAUGUUGUACUUCAUUUGAAAGGUUUUUUCAGAUUUUGUACAUUUAUAGAUUAAUGUUAUGAAUAGAAAUGGAUU